CGGCCGGCCCCCCCGCCCCCUUCGGAGCCUGCCUGUUUACUCGCCGGCGGGGAUGGAGGCUGACGGGAGGCCGCGGCGUCAAGAGCGGCGCUCGCCAUGAAGCACCGGCCGCCGCGCUAUGAGAGGUAGGUGGGUGAGGAGGGAGAGAGAGACGCUGCCGCGGACCCCGAAGAAACCCGAGCAGAUCCCUUCCCCUUGACUCGCCGCCUCUCGCUCCCUUUCCCCCUUCCUUCCUUUUACUAUAACCCCACGGUAUAUAAACUCUUUCGCCGCCUCCCCCCUCUAUAUAAUAUCAUUUAUUAGGCCAACCAAAGCACAGCGAAGGGGGGAGACUUAAUGUUGGCUUUGAAAGCUGUUUUCCGUGUCGUUUCCGUGUCCCUUGACCCAAGUAUUGCCCUAAUGUUACGGGUUUUGGGUUUGUUUGUUUUUUCCCUACAGGCCGACGAAGCUACCUUUUUUAUUUUCUGGGACACCUUCCCUCCCCCAGGUUUCACUUUCUCAACUUCUCGUAAGAAGUUGUGGUGGUUUCAGCUUUCCUGCAAGGCCCCUUCACUCAGGCUGCAGGUGGGGGUUGGAAAUAAGAGGUUUGGUUGUAAUCCCCCCCCCAUGCCCUCUGUAGCUGCUCAGAGAACUUGGGGUUAUAAUAGCUUCACACGGGGGCAGAGCUGGGCUGGGCUCCAGGAUCAUUUUGUUGCCCUUCUGUUGAUGCUGAUAACAACAUUUUCCGGGACUGGAAGGAACAGGAGGCUCAGUUUGAUAUCCUCUUAACAGGUGUGUUUUUUAAUUAUUAUUAUUAUUUAAUUUUCCAAAUUUUGAAAUUUACAAAUGAUCAAAAUAAAAAGAGAAUUCCAUAAAUUCCCAUGGACUUUCCUUCUCCCUUUUGUGGGUCCUUAUGUUAACAUUUUUUUCCUCCCGCAUCUUCUCUUAGUCCAAUUCUAUUAAAUCUCCAUUACAACCAUAGUCCAACUACAAGUAUCGUUCCAAUCCUAUGAAUAAUUUUAAUUGUUUACAAUGAUAUAUAUUUAUAUCUAUCUAUCUAUCUAUCUAUCUAUAUAUUAUUUAUACUCUGCCCAUCUGGCUGGGCUUCCCCAGCCACUCUGGGCGGCUUCCAACAAAAUAUUAAAAUACCAUAAUGCAUCAAACAUUAAAAGCUUCCCUAAACAGGGCUGCCUUCAGAUGUCUUCUAAAAGUCUGGUAGUAGUUGUUCUCUUUGACAUCUGGUGGGAGGGCAUUCCAUAGGGCAGGCGCCACCACUGAGAAGGCCCUCUGCCUGGUUCCCUGUAACUUGACUUCUCGCAGUGAGGGAACAGCCAGAAGGCCCUCAGCGCUGGACCUCAGUGUCCUGCCAGAAUGAUGGGGGUGGAGACGCUCCUUCAGAUGUACUAGGCCGAGGCCGUUUAGGGCUUUAAAGGUCAGCACCAAUACUUUGAAUUGUGCUCGGAAAUGUAUUUUCCCCAUUCCUUAUUAAAAUUUUGGCCUUCCCAAUUCUUAAUUCUUCCAGUCAUUUUUGCCAUUUUGGCAAACCCCUGUGCGUGUUUGCUUAAGAAGCAAAUCCUACAGUACUGAAUGGUGCUCGCAAGCGGGACCCUAAUGCUCCUCCCUUCAAAUAUGCUGUGGUUUAGAAUGGGUUCUGGGACCCAUUUGGAUGGGCAGUGAACAAGGGCAGAGACCAUUUAGACGACUCCCUCCUCUCCACCCGGAGGGGCAGUUGUACCUGGGGCCCACUGCAACUGGUAGGGGGAAAAGGUGGGGAAACCAACUGCAGGUGGUGUCUGGAAGCAAUGGCAGCCAGAGUCAGGCUAACAGGUGGUUGAGGGUAGACUGAGGUAGGUGGGGUCGUGCCUUGAUCACCUGAGUGAACCAGGUGCCACUGCUUGAGGGCUCUAGAUUCAGGUAGGUAGCUGUGUUGGUCUGACGCAGUCGACCAACUUGAGGGCUUUCUGCUAUCCACCAGAAAACAGUCUGGGGUCAAGGAACCCAUUCCUUUACUACUGGCCUCUAUUUUUUAUCUGACACUCUGUUAUCCCUCCCUUCCUCCAAGGAGCUUACAAUGUCAUAUACAUCAGUGAUUCCCAAUGGGUGGUCCGCAGACCCCAGGGAGUCAGCACAACUCACCCAGGGGGUCCGCAGCACCACUCACACAACAAAAAACUACCAUAGAAAUAUCAAGAUUUUCAAAAGUAUGGAGUUCAUGGCUUGGCUUUUGAAAAACAGGGGGUCUGCUAUACAUAACUAAUUGGGAACCACUGUUGUAUUCCCCCCCCCUUUUGCACCCCCAUUUUAUCCUUGCGACAGGGCUAGGCCGACAAGUAGUGACUGGCCCAAGGUUACCCAGGUUGUUAUUAUUUUUAAUUGGAUUUCUUAACCAGCCUUCAUCAUAAGGUCUCAGGGUUGGUUGAAACAAUUUUAAAAGACAAGAUUAAAAUCAGUUGGAACUAUUUGCAAUCAAGAGAAUAUGGUGGGUUCUAAAAUAUAUAUAUCUUGGACAUCAAAUGCCACACUAAAGAGGUGCAUUUGCCACAUUCAAUGAAAGUUACAGAGUGAAGGUCAAACCUCCCUGGGGAGGUAAUUCUACAGAUUUGGGGCUGCCACAGUGAAUGCCCUUUCUUGGCCACUGCACCCCCACACCAUCAUAUGUUCGAAAGUGGUGUAACUUCUAAAAGGCCUUAUGACUGAGUGGAGAUUCGAACCCAGGUCUCCCUCACGCUCCAACCACCACACCACACUAGUUUGCCACCUCUGCUUGUUGAGAUAUGGAUUUCUGUCUAUGAAACAGGAAGACCCUGUUACUUUUGGACAGGUGUGGAGAACCUUUGGCCCUCCAGAUGAUGCUGAACUACAGCUCCUAUCAUCCCUGACCAUUGGUCAUGCUUGCUGGGGCUGGUGGGAGCUAUAGUACAGCAACACCUGGCGGGCCAAAGGUUCCCCACCCUUGCACUAGGAGCAGGGUGAUAGGAGACUUAAGGUUGGAUACAUGCCAUACUUGAUUUCCCCAAAGCAUCAUUAACUGUAUUUUGGCAAGGGUGUUGGGAGUUAUAACUCUGAACCACAGCUCCAGGAUUCUGGGAGAGAAGCCAUGUGCUUUAAAUGUAUGGUGUAUGGUAAAGGUAAAGGUACCCCUGCCCAUACGGGCCAGUCUUGACAGACUCUAGGGUUGUGCGCUCAUCUCACUCUAGAGGCCGGGAGCCAGCGCUGUCCGCAGACACUUCCGGGUCACGUGGCCAGCGUGACAAGCUGCAUCUGGCGAGCCAGCACAGCACACGGAACACCGUUUACCUUCUCGCUGGUAAGCGGUCCCUAUUUAUCUACUUGCACCCGGGGGUGCUUUCAAACAGCUAGGUUGGCAGGCGCUGGGACCUAACGACGGGAGCGCACCUCGCCACGGGGAUUCGAACCGCCGACCAUGCGAUCGGCAAGUCCUAGGCGCUGAGAUUUUACCCACAGCGCCACCCGCUUCCCAAUGGUGUAUACAUAGCCUAAAUAUUAAGGUAAAGGUAAAGGUACCCCUGCCCGUACGGGCCAGUCUUGACAGACUCUAGGGUUGUGCGCUCAUCUCACUCUAGAGGCCGGGAGCCAGCGCUGUCCGCAGACACUUCUGGGUCACGUGGCCAGCGUGACAAGCUGCAUCUGGCGAGCCAGCACAGCACACGGAACGCCGUUUACCUUCCCGCUGGUAAGCGGUCCCUAUUUAUCUGCUUGCACCCGGGGGUGCUUUCAAACUGCUAGGUUGGCAGGCGCUGGGACCGAACGCCGGGAGGGCACCCCGCCGCGGGGAUUCAAACCGCCGACCAUGCGAUUGGCAAGUCCUAGGUGCUGAGGUUUUACCCACAGCACCACCCGCGCCCCUGCCUAAAUAUUAUUUAACUGCAAUUUUAAGUUUUUUUUGAGUUAGUUUCCAGAAUUUGAUCUCCAAAUGAAUAGUUAUGAUUCAAGGGAUCUAAGAGGACGAUCCCUUGUGACCAUUCAAAUUGGAGAAUUACAAGGAUUCUCUUGCUGACAGAGUUGCCAUCUGUCAUUUCCUGUGUACUUUGUGAGAUGACUUUAAUAACAGAUAUUUGCAGCGCUUGGGCUGGGGACUUUUAAGGGCUAUUCUGUGCAAAUGUUCCUGAAUAAGUGUAAAAUUUUAACCACCUCCAUGCAGUUCCUUCAGCUUUCACAAAUCUACACCUGCCUCGUAAUUCUUUUGAAGGCUGAACGUACCACAGACAGAGUCAUUUAAUCUGUGUUUGAGAACCACACAGGGCCAGCUUCUGGCUAGCUAAGGUUCUAAUGGACCCCUAUAUGCCCAGACUCAGCAGACAGCUGAAGAUCUAUCAGAAGCUGCUGUAUACAGACUAGUAGUCCAUCUAGGUCUGUAUUGUCUAUGUCAGGGGGUCAACAAACUUUUUCCUCAUGGGGCCGGUCCACUGUCCCUCAUACCUUGUGGGGGGCUGGACUAUAUUUUGAACCCCCCCCCGACUCUCUCCUCCCUUCUCCACAGCACCAGACGAGCCCUGGUGGCUGCUUACCUGUGCCUUGCAAGUGGCAGAGGCUGGUGGCGGUGGCAGAGGGACUAUGACCCAUGGUCUACGUUGACUGGCAGGGGCUUUCCAGGGUUUCAGAUAGAGGUCUAACCCAGCCCUUGUUGUUGUUUAGUCGUGUCCAACUCUUCAUGAACCCCUGGACCAGAGCACGCCAGACACUCCUGUCUUCCACUGCCUCCCGCAGUUUGGUCAGACUCAUGUUUGUAGCUUCGAGAACACUAUCUAGCCAUCUCGUCCUCUGUCGUCCCCUUCUCCUUGUGCCCUCCAUCUUUCCCAACAUCAGGGUCUUUUCCAGGGAGUCUUCUCUUCUCAUGAGGUGGCCAAAGUAUUGGAGCCUCAGCUUCAGGAUCUGUCCUUCCAGUGAGCACUCAGGGCUGAUUUCCUUCAGAAUGGAGAGGUUUGAUCUUCUUGCAGCCCACGGGACUCUCAAGAGUCUCCUCCAGCACCAUAAUUCAAAAGCAUCCAUUCUUCGGUGAUCAGCCGAAGAAUGGAUGCUUUAUGGUCCAGCUCUCACUUCCAUACAUCACUACUAGGAAAACCAUGGCUUUAACUAUACGGACCUUUGUUGGCAAGGUGAUGUCUCUGCUUUUUAAGAUGCUGUCUAGAUUUGUCAUCGCCUUUCUCCCAAGCCCUACUUGGGGUUAAAUCUGGAACCUUCUUCAUGCAAACGUAUGCUCUACUGCUAAGCUACAGCACUUCCCCUAAUAACAGAUGAAGAUUCCGGUCCUCAUGGUUCUAAAACAAGGGCUGAUUCAAUUAGAAACCAUUUUAAAAUUGCUUCUUUGUUCCUCCUUAGGAAUCAUCUUGUCAAAACCGAGCAAUUUGGAGCAGAUCACCUCCAACGUGCUGCCAUGCAGCCCCACUCAAAUAAUCGCCACGGCGCGGCAGGAAACAGCAACGGUACCUCAGCCUCUCAGUGCACUCACGGAGCAAGGUCACCAGGAGAAGGAUCUUGCCAGCAUGGAGGGGACGUCCACAUCCAGCUGAGCUCUGCUCUGGGAGAGGCAGGCGAAGACGCUGGCUCCAGGCAGCACCUGCAGUCCGGGACUCAGAGCCAUUCCCGCUCCCACUCCCACGGCGAAGCUCGACGGCCUCAAGAUGGCGGCUCGGAUUUGGAGGAGCAGAGCGGCAGCUCCCUUUCUGAGCUCAGAUACCUCCUCCACUGGCUACACAAGAGUCUCCCGUACAUCUUGAUCCUGUCCCUCAAACUCCUCAUGCAGCACAUAAUGGGUAGAGUACAAGACAUUGCGCGCUCUGGAGACAACUGCAUUUAUUUGGGUUUGAGGUUGAAAGAGAAGCAGCAGGUUGUGCUUCCAGGCCAGGGGAUUGAAACAGUUUUAGCGCCAUCUUGAAAACUAGUUUGCCUAUUUCUGGUUUCCCUCUUAGCCUUGAUCACUGGAAAACUUUCUUGGCCAGUUUCUGGCUUCUGAGAUUUCACCAGACACCACCCGUAUGAUUCCAUGAUUUGCAAUAAUAAGGACUAGAAGGUGGUGGUGGUGUUUUUUUAAAAAAAGAAAAACAGUUAAAGCUGAAAUUUUCAAAGGGUGGUAGAAUUUUGCCCUCAGUGCCACAUAUUAUGUGCGUUAUCUGUGCUUCUGGAACUGAAACACAAUUCAGGCUGGCUUUAAACCUGUUGCUGCUUUUACUACCCACAAUACCCAGGAUGAAGACUUAUUUCUGCCUCCUUUGGGAUUUUAAAUUGAAAACGGGCAGCUUUAUUCCUCCUUAUCCUUUUUACAGGUUGAAAUUAGGAGUGGGGAACCUCAAGCCUGGGGGCCAAAUGUGGCCCUCCAGGCAAUCGCACCCUGCUCACAGGGUCCUGCAGAUCUAUCAUGUGCUUUUAAGUUUCAGGCCCAAAAAGGGGGAGGAAGAACCUCAGGAUGCUGCUUGAAAUUGAAAAGUUUGUUGGAAAAAUUACAGUUGCCCUGUGCAUUUCAUUGCCUUGCCUUCAGGUCCACUGUAAAACAAAAACAGCAACGACACAAGGUUCAGAUUCAACAGCAUUACACCAGUUGGUUUAAACUGGGGCUAGGGAACUUGUGGCCCUGCAGAUGCUGUUGGACUACGACUCCCAUCAUCCCUAAUCAUUGACCAUGCUGGCUGAGGCUGAUGGGAUCUGUAGUCCAAGAACAUCCGCAGGGCCACAGCUUCCUCAUCCCUCCUGUAAAUGAAAGAACUGAUUAAAAUUAUUUAUUUAUUCAACAAAUCUUUAUGACACUUUUAAGGAACACAAUCAAGAUAACAAUAUAACAAAUUGCAAUUCAGAACUUAAGACCAACAGCUGUCUAAAAGCUUGCAAGCACAACAUGCUUAUGAAACACAAUAUCUUAUUUAUAUUUGUAUGUUCAUGGUUUUAUUAAUUUCACUGGGACUAUUCUGAGUAGGUAGGAUGCAGCCCCUCUUAGCUUGGCUACCAAGGCUUGGCAAAAAUUGAGAAUCCCUGAUCAUAAGCCCCUGUACUACUAUGGCCUUAUGUACAGAGUUAGUUAUCACUGUACCAUUCCCAAGGUCUUCCUGAGAGUCCUUCUCCCUCCUCUUCUCUUGGGGCUUUCCAUUCUCCUUUCCUGCUUUCUGAAAUUCCGCUUCUGAGAAGCUGCUAAAAUUCAUUUUAGCUUUUUCAGUUUAUUCUUUUGUGGUCAUAUACUCGGGGACCCUUGGCUUACUGCAAAACUAAAAUUUUGAAACACCAGGUGUCAAAAUCUGCAGCUCCCUUCAGACAGAUUAAAAAUAUUCCUGAAAUGUACCCAUUCUUUUUUCCAUCACUGGAGAAAGGUUCCACGAUGGCUAAAGAUUUCUAAGCAACAGAAUGGUUUUAAAAUUGCCAACUUGUCUUACAAGUCCUGAAACGUUACUGGCCCAUCAAAAUGACUAGCCAACAGAUCUGGGCUAGCCAUCUGUUGCACACAGGAUGCAGUCCUUGGAAUUUUUCCUGAAUAAAAGACCCAGUUGACAUAAUCCUCCUGCCUUAGUCAUUUGGAAGCGAUUUUUAUUCACCGUGGGUGUGGCUGUUUCCCAUUGGGACUGAUAGGGCGUAAGGCAGGGAGCCCAACAGUAGGUGGAGCUAGAGCAAAUGUCUGGCCCAAUGACUACAGCCAAUGACUAGCUUCGCCCCCAUUCUUCUCCUUGCUGAGUUAUGCAAGGGGCAACAUUGAGACUAAGGAAGACAAAGCUGACAGCCAAGGCCACCUGCUGGACUGGUUGUAAGAGGCAGACGGGUGGUGGCUGGUUGAAGUUAGACUGAGGUUUAUGGGGCUGUGCCCCAUUUGUACUAAUAGGCCAGCUGCCACUGCAACAAGUGACCAGGUGAGUGGGUAUUUAUCGGCCUGGUGCAAACAUAUAUAAAAAGACCUCAAGGCGCUGCUGAGUUAAUGCAAAUGUAAACAACGAUGCAAGUGUUGUUUGUUUGAUCUAAUUUAUUCCAGCUUGAUUUAUUAGAUGCAAACUCUCCCCAGUGUGGUAAAUAGCUUGAGAUUUUUUCCAGCCAGCCAGCACUAUGCCCUAAUUGCAUAAUAGCGAGGAGGAUGGGGUGGAAUAUCGAUGAGCAGGGAAACGGGAGAGAUGGCAGUAAAGGUGAGAGAAGGUCUACUGCAAGAACAUUUUUUCCAGCUAGUAGAAGCCCCUCAAAUUUUGGCCUUUAGCAGGUACUGCUGUGCCGUGUUUAGACCUCUCCCUUCAGCGAUGAGAGCUAGAAGCAUGCUCAUUGCUAUUUAAUUCAUUGGAAUUCUCACUAAUCUGAUGAUUUGUAAAGGGUACAGUCAGAGCCGUGCAGUUCAGCAGUGCCCCUGAGUAUAUAGUGACUAAUUAUUUUUGUUCUGUUGUCUAAAACAGUUACAAGAUAGACUAUGCAAUGCCCUUUUUGAUUUUGCUGCUUUGUUUUAAAAAACAAAAAUUAGUUUGAUGCAUUUUUUGGUUCUUUUUCUUUUUCUUUUUUUCCGUUUUGUAAUUUACCCUUUUUUCCUAAUAGGCAUUUCUCUGGGAGUUGGGCUGCUAACAACUUAUAUGUAUGCAAACAAAAGCAUUGUAAAUCAGGUUUUCCUAAGAGUAAGUAUUGACCUCUCCGGCGAGGUUGUAAGUAUUUUUUUAAAGCUUCACUUUACCCAGGAGAUAGAUGCGUUCUUGACAGAAAAGUGGAACAGAGUGUUAAUUUGACAACACACACAUUCCGUCGCUUAAAAUAAAAAGGUUGAUUUAAGAACAGCUGCAAAAAUAGAAUAUAGUUAUAAUGAACCAUUUACAUAAUAUUUUUUCCCGCCUACUUUGAUGCAACCUGAACAUUUCUGCUGCGCUCAGCACAAACUGACUCACUACUUAAAGUUGCACACAGGCCUCCGCCAUACUUUUCCCUCCCUCCCUCCAAGUCUAGCCUGGGGAAAAAUUCUGUGAAACUCGCAAACUAGCUCGCUACUUUGUGGCUGUGCUGAUCUCAUUGUAGCUGCCAUUAUAGAUAAUUGUCUUCAGUCUGGCUCAGCUAUCUUAAUAUUUUUGCCAGCUAGCAAAGGUCUUUCUCUUAAACUAGGGCUUUUGAGGGGGAAUGAAGUGAUUGACCAUCAGAGCUUGCAACAAAAAUAUUGCAGUGUGAAAUGCUCCUUUUCUGAAUGCCAGCCAGUCAUGCCCUUUCACAGGAUACUCCAUUCCAUUCCCCUCUUGUUUCCCCUACUCCGCCAUUCCCUGCAGUCAGUCAGCAUUCCAUAUCCACCGAGCAUGCUCAGUUCUCACUAAGCUCUUUUGGGCUCCCUGCCUGUUUGCAGGGGCAGGUUUGUACUUGUGCAAAUUGUGAGAUCUUCCUAAGCCUUCUGAGACAUCCCAUUUGGUGCAUGGAUGGCACUGUUCUGGUUACACAGCAAUCCACACAGUCAGAUAAUGGGUCCGCUCUUAGUAUAUAGGUCUUUACAUCUUGCCUUGCUGCUAUUUGUAUCUCAUGUGGCAUUAUUUUUCUCCCAUUAUAUUUUAUUGGCAUUGCUUUGAUUUGGGUUAUAAGCCAUACCUCAUCCUACUUGUUUGAAAGGCAAAGUAUAAAUACUGUGAGCAAACAGCUUGUCAUGUUGUAAUAAAAGUAGUCAUCUUUCCAUCUUUGAAUAGAGGUUGAAAACAAGAAUCCUGAGUAUGGUUGUUCUGAAGAGGCAGUUUCCCUUAAGGCUCUUGAGAACCAUAAACCAAGUAGUUAUGAUCGCAAAAUGUUUUGAAAAAUCAGUCCCUUUAGCAAGGGAUUUCCUGCAGAAUUUUUUGUUUGUUUGAAAGAUUGCAUGUGGCAUCUUCUCUCACUCCUCGCCUAGCACUGAAAAUCUGUUGUUUAAAGCAGGUGUGGGGAGUCUUUGGCCCUCCAGAUGUUGUUGAAUUACAACCCCCAACAGCCUCAGCAAGCAUCAAAUCAAAUCAAAUCAAAUUUAUUAAACGGUCACAGACCAGAUUAACUCGUACAGCUAGUCAGCGAAGCAUAACACCGGAAAAAACAAAGGACAAUUUCAAUACAUAACUGCAAUUUAAAAUUAGACAGCAUAAAUAAAAAAUUAAGUAUUUGCCUUCGCCUGCGUAAUGACAUUGGAAAGCUCUUGUUUCCUGCGCCUAAUAGCGGCUACACAGCAUGGCCAAUGCCAAGGGAUGAUGGGAAUUGUAGUUCAACAGCAUCUGAAGAGACAGACGUUCCCCACACCUGGUUCAGUGGGAUAAACUGCUCAAAGUGUUGGGGUAAUAACUACCCAUGUGGCUGUCUUUUUGUGUAUUUGUCUACAGCUGUUCUUUAUCCUCUUUUUGGGGGGGGGGCGAGGGGGACUGCUCACUGUCUCAUUCCAAAGGUGGUUCAGGGUGGGCUGUCAGCUUUGUAAUCAAGUUGGGGCCGAUUCCCAGUAGGGGCUUCUUAGUAACAUAGGCUCCAGCGUAGCAUCACAUACAAAUAUGUACAUUUGCAUUUUGCAUACGAAAUCCCCCCUGAAAAGAAAUGUGGAAUUUCUCUGCUUUCCUGCAGCUUCUAAAGGUGUUUGGCAGGAACAUUAGGAGGAAUGUCAUGCCCACAGGUCCAUAAGGAUAUGGCUCCCAGUGGUGCUACCAAGAAUCUUUAAAAACCUUCCCAUUGAAUUCAGUGGGGCUUAAUCCCAGGUAAAUGGUAUUAGGACUGCAGCCUUAGAUUGCAGAAGUAGCAGUCCGGCCAAUUAAGUGGAGGGCACAUUGCAUCUGCCACUUGUUGAACUUCAUCUCCCAUCACCCCUAAUCAAUGGCCCUACUGUCUGGGUCUGGUUUAUUUGGAGUCCCAUCCCUAGGCCUGUACUCCGAAAACUCGCUUACAAAGCCCUCUGAGCUCAACAGCCUCUUAAAUGGAGAAUGAAUGGCAAAAUCACAGCAGCCUAGCAUCUUGUAACUAGAAAAUGCAGUCAUUUGAAUUAACCAUUUGAAAACUCUUAUUGUUGCAGGAAAGGUGUUCCAGACUGGAGUGUGUCUGGUUACUGGCAUUCCUAACAGGAUCCUCUCUCCUUCUGUAUUAUACGUUCUACCCUCAGUCUCUUCAUUACAGGUAAUUCAGUGCAGGUUAGAAUUUUUUCCCUUCUGAACGGCAGUAAAAACAGUCUUCCUUGAUGUGUAAUACAUCCAGACCACAUCUAUACCAUACAUUUACAGCACAUGACUCCCCCCGCAAAGAAUAAUGGGAACAGUUUUUUGUUAAGGGUGCUGGGAAUUAUAGCUCUAUGAAGGUUAAACUAUAGUUCCCAGGAUUCUUUUUUGGGGAACAAUGCUUUAAAUGCAUGGUGUGGGUGUGACCUUACUCCCCAAAUGUGCUGAUGAUGGACACAAGGUGCCUUUAAAAAAUGGGUGGGUAAUUUCUUUAUUUCACUACUGUUUAUUUCAACAGCUUGUAUCCUGCUUAACACUGUUGCUUCUAAGCGGUGUGCAAUAAACUUACCCCCCCCAAAAAAGAUACAACUGAGAUAAAAUGGGUUAAAAUGAACCAUAAAAUUGGAAAAGCUUACUCAGAAUGCCAGAUUUAAGUUGUUACCAGCUGUGGUGAACCAGUUACCAGGGGACCAAACUGCAGGUGUCACAACCCCUUACGUCUUGUUUGUGGGCUUCUUCAGAGCAUUUUUCUGUUCAUGGUUGGAAACAGGAUACUGGUCUGGGUGGUUCAUUCCAGGAGGGCUUUUUAUAUGUUGGAUAACAUACUUGGAUGGAUGGAAGGAAGGGAAUUAUAAUCCAGUCUUGAAAAGUCCUAUUGAAGAAUUAGUCAUAUAAAAAGUGAACGACUGGCUUGGUUUUUGCUUGCUAUUCUAAACACCCCAUAGGAAAAAUAAAUUUGUAAAAGGUGAUUUCUUGAGAACCUGCUAGAGUAGAUGCAAGGCCAGAUGAAGGCUGCUAGAGGACCGCCCCUCCCCCAAGAUAGUCAUCCUUUUGUUCAACCUUUGAAGUGUGGCAGUUUCACCAGACACAUCUUAAACAAGUCUCCUCUGGCUGACGGAUCUGUGUUCCGGGUCGUUUUCUGCCUCUUUCUCCAUUCCACAGGGCCUACAAAUCAACAGGCUUAUCUCCCAAGUGUCUCAACAGCAAUUGCUGUUGGAAAUGGCAGCCCUGUGUUGAGAUCUCCAGCCUGUGCUGCUACGGCAGAUGUGUUGCAUUCCCAUUGCUACCUAGUAAUGUGGGGGAAUGUCUCUGUGCAGCAACAGCCCCAUGUUUUUGAACUGGGUAAGUCUUCAUUUUGAGUAAGACUUCACGCCUGCCAGCUCUUCCCUGACAGUAUUAUUCUAAACUGGGUGCUCUGGUUAAUGGCAAAUGUGUAAUAAUCCAACAUAAAAUAAGUAAGUAUGUGGGGGAAAGGCUCUCAUGCCUGGGAACUAGUAGAGGGGGCGCGAGCAGUGUCUGAGCUCUGGGCGCAGUACUGCGCCUAAGAUUUCAGAUUAAAACUGCAGAGUAGAAGGAAAGGAGGACCUUUUUCAGCCUCCCCACUUCCAGCCACUCUGAAGACUGGAGAAGAGACCCUCUUAAGAAUAUUAGGGGGGUGGGCAGGGGAAGCGUGGCCUUGUGUGUGUUUUUUGCAGUCUUCAGAUGAGGCAAUGUGAAAAAUGAAUAUGAGAUUUUAACUGCAGUUCAUUCAUUUCCAGCUUUGUAUUCUUGUUAUUAAAAAAGUGUGCCUAGACAUUCCAUUGUUGUGCUCAUAACCUAGGUUUAAGGUGUCAUUUAGCUCCGAGCUUUCAUAUCUCUGUUUCUAACACUGCUUGCUAAUGGGGAAAAAAAGCUUUUGGCCGUAGCAUUCUGCUUGAAACGAGAAAGUCUUUUUGCAUUUCCAUUUCAAGGGUGCUAAAAUACUUUCUGUGAAAAAAAGUCUUCAACUUACAGUCUCCUUUGCCUUUAUUUUGUUUUUUUAAAAGCUUGAUCCUUUUAAGUCCUGCUGUGGAUUACACAAACUUCUGGGAGGUACUUUGGAUCGUGGGGAUCACAGACUUCAUUCUGAAGUUUCUCUUCAUGGGCUUCAAAUGCAUCGUUCUCUUGCUGCCUUCUUUUAUCAUGUCUUUUAAGUCCAAGGUAAGAAAAUUUUGUUGUUUUUGUUGCUAUUUUUUUAAAAAAACCUAUUUUUAAUAUGAGUUAUAAAUACCCAGUUGUAUCACUGUCACACGCUUAACUUCAGCUUGUACCGUAUUUCAUUGCAAUGAGAGAAGCACUUAGGUUUGCUAAUUCCUAGGAAAGGCUUCCUUCCCAUCAGAGCAAGAAGGCUGAGCUUUCAGAAGGGCUGAACUGGAAGGGAAGGCAUUUGUCGUAAGAGCAUGAGCAGAGCCCUGCUGGACCAGGCCGGUGGCCCAUCUAGUCCAGCAUCCUUUUCUCACAGUGGCCAAUCAGAUGCCUGUGGGAAACCCGCAAGACAUCUCGAGCACAAUAGCCCUCUCCCCUCCUGUGGCUUCCAGUAACUAGUACAGUGGUACUUUGGGUUACAGAUGCUUCAGGUUACAGACUCCGCUAACCCAGAAAUUGUACCUCGGGUUAAGAACUUUGCUUCAGGAUGAGAACAGAAAUCACGCAGCAGCGGUGUGGCGGCAGCAGGAGGCCCCAUUAGCUAAAGUGAUACCUCAGGUUAAGAACAGUUUCAGGUUAAGAACGGACCUCCAGAACUAAUUAAGUUCUUAACCCAAGGUACCACUGUAUUCAGAAGCAACCCUGCCUCUAAUUGUGGAGGCAGAGCCUAGCUAUGGUGUGGUGUAGUGGUUAAGAGCGGUGGACUUGUAAUCUGGGGAACCGGGUUCGCGUCUCCGCUCCUCCACAUGCAGCUGCCGGGUGACCUUGGGCCAGUCACACUUCUUUGAAGUCUCUCAGCCCCACUCACCUCACAGAGUGUGUUGUGGGGGAGGAAGGGAAAGGAGAAUGUUAGCCGCUUUGAGACUUCUUAAAGGGAGUGAAAGGCGGGAUAUCAAAUCCAAACUCUUCUUCUUCUUCAAAAAGUGUUGGAUGCUUAGAGGUCCCCGAUUGCUUUAAAAUAAAAAAUUAAUAAAAAAUAGAGGUCCCUGAUUGCUUCAGUGCCUAUGUGACUAGUUCAGCAAGCCGUUCCAUUUGUGCUAGAGAGGCUUCCUUUUCCCUUAGUGCCCUUAGCACAUAGCCAAAUCCGACUCAAGGGGAGUGAAGUUUGAGCCAUCAGCAGAGGUGGGAAAGCAGUGGCUGUGAACAGCCACAAAGGAACGUAGGGUGAAGAAGUCUUGAGUCAGCUCUCCUUAAAUAGUUUUCAUAGCAUGAGAAUAAAAACAUUGAAGUGAAGUGGGGCUAACACCUAUCUUAUUAAUGAAUGGCAGCUUGCAUUGGCCGAAGUGGUCUUGAACUGUCACUAGCAAGAAGUUAAGCAUUACCCUUUAAAAAGAAAAAUGCACACCCUAAGAUGCAUAUAUAUAGUAAUUAGUGGUGGAAGGUACUUGACAAAGUAAUGAUGUCUCAACAUUAAUGCUGACUUCUCAUAACACUUUAAUGUACGAUGAAAGAACAGCGGGCCCUUCAUCUGGCUUAAACUGUUUAGGUGAGAGGAGAAGGGCUUAAUGACUGAAUAAAAUCUGGUUUGCUUUCAGACAUGGGCAACUGGACAAAAAUAAAUCAUUAAAUAUUAUCUUGUUAGAGGUGAAUAAUGAAAAUCCUGCCAGUUCAGCAGAGAUCUGAGUUAUUAAUUUGGUAAAAAGAAUGUCUGGGAAGCUUUGCCAAGCAGAGAUUCCUGGCACUGCUGCAAUUUUAUUUAUUAUGCUAGAAAGCUGAACUCCUAAGAGCUGCCUGUGUCCAUUUGUAUGAUGGGUUUUUUUUAAUUACAAAAAAAUAGAUAUACCUCUUCACGGGCUUCAACAGCUGUUAACCCCAUGGGUUGUGUCCAGUGUUAGUCAUGCUCAGUGUAGGCCCAUGGAAAUAAAUGGAUAUGAUUUACAUAGGUCUGUUGAUUUCAGUGGGUCCACUCUUGAGUAGAACUUAGCUGGCUACAACCUUAUAUUUGGUCCAGGCUUCUGGCAUUAAGCAUGAUCUGCAAGAGCAACAGUGGGGAAGCUCUGGACCCCGGGUUUAAUCUGAGCUGCCGGGCCCUACCCCAUUUGGCUCACGAGCCAUGCCUACCCGCCCUGCCCCUGACAUCAGGUGGCAGGUUAAAGACAUGGCUUCUCUGCCCAAAAUAGGACUUGCUUUUGGCAUGGGUAAGAACCCCAGUGAGAAUGAAAACAAAGCUCACUGGGUGACCUUGGUGUAGUCACUACCUAGCCUACAUCAAAGGGCUGUUGUGAGGAUAAAAUGGGGGAUUGAGGAGGGAUGAAUUCAUGUAUGCCAUCACAAGCUCCUUGGAGAAUGGCAUGGUAGCAGUUUAUGGAAGCUUGCAGUGAUGGGCGGGUAAGAAAUAAGUAACAACGAUCUUCUUUGUAUGUUGUAAACUAGGGUUAUUGGUACAUGCUCUUGGAAGAGCUCUGCCAGUUUUACCGCAAGAUCGUCCCUGUGCCAGUCUGGUUCCGGUACUUUGUUGGCUUGAGGGAGCUGGACAGCGCAUUGGGGUGGAGUCUCGGAGUCUUGAUGGCCCUGCUCUAUCUCAUCCUAAAGGUAAACUCUGAUCUGCUGCUAAACCCUCUUUUCUUAAAAACAGCGUGGCAAGAGGCAGCCUAGGUGUAAACACAGCAGCAACACAUUGCUGUGUGUGUGAGAUUGCAUGCACCUUGUCUUUCUAGGCCUUGGUUUCUUCAGCUAACAAAUGGCGAAAACUAUUUUUCUGUGUUAACCUUGAGCAGCUAGAGCCAUGCUUGGCUGGGGCAAGGUGCCCAGCUGGGUUCCAUAAUAUCAAGUUCUCCCUGCACGGGAACCUCCCAUCUCUCCCUCUAAUAGAGAAUGUGGAUGGUAAGUCGUGACAGCCAGCCAGUGUGGAGCCGCCAAGCAGGAGUGUUGGCAUGCUCUGGGGAACCGUUUUGUUUGUGUGUGUGUGUGCGCGCACACCCACCCACAUACCCACAUCCAUCUUAGUAGCUAUUGAAUGCUGAGUGUAACUUGGAAAAGAUGAAUGAAAAGCCAGGAUGUGGGGGGCAUAGCUGGCCGGCACACAGAGCAAGAACAGCCUUUGACUAAGAUAUAGGUUGUAAAUCACUGAACAAGAUGGCAAUUCUGGGACCAGUAUACCUUAAGAACCUAUCAAAUUUCCAAGAUUGUUAUUCAAGGGGGACCCUCCUCUCUGCCCCAUCACCCCCUAGAUAUAUGGUGGGUGGUAUGCUGUUGUGUCUGUCUUAAUACAUUGUAUUUACUGUAAACUGACCUGACUACCCCUUGACAGAAAAUCAGGGUAGAAAUCUUUUGAAAUAAAACAAGUCUUGAUUGUGUUAGCUUGCAGUUCUAACCUCACUUGGCUGAGAGGAAGCCUCACUGAAUUGAGGAAGGCUUACUUCUGAGUAAGCAUGCUUAGGAUAGCAGCAGUCUUUUGGGAUUUGUUUUCUCAGCCUCUAGUGUUUUAACUUUUUGUCUUUUUUGUGAGCAUCUCUUAUUUUGACUUUAGCUUCAUUCUAUCUGCUCUAGGCUUAUAGGAGAAAGCCCACAACUUUUAAUUGUUGUUACAUGACACUUAAGACCCCUUCAGUGUUGUUUUUUUAAAGCUUAAAGUAAAGGUAAAGGGACCACUGACCAUUAGGUCCAGUCGUGGCCGACUCUGGGGUUGCCGCGCUCAAGCUACUUUACUGUUAAAAGCUAGUUUACAUCUAUUUCCUCUCAUGUUAUCUUAACUUUUCAGCUUUUGAGCUUCUUUGGACAUCUGAAAAAUUUCAGACGAGUCUUGCGGAUAUUUUAUGCACGACCAGUGAGUAUUUGUACCCUCUUAAGAACAUUUUUCUUUUCUGUUUAAACAAACCACAGUUCCCUGUGACAUUCAAAUUUGGAGCUGUGAUUUAAAAAACAAAAUGGGAGGCAAAGGUCUGGCCAUGCUGCUGUAGUUGGACUACAGCUCCCAUCAGUCACAGCUGGCAUGGCCAACGGUGAGGGAUGGCAGGAGCUGUAGUUGGACAUCUGGAGAACACUAGGGUGAAGGCUGAUGUACUUUCAUAUAGAAGCAGCCUGUGAACCAGGAAGUCCACACCGGUGUCAUAAAUACACCAGACACCUUGUCUGCAAUAUAUGGAUAACACUACUACUCUACCAGAGGGGACUGCUGCAAUGAUUAUUUAAACUGUACAUACCUGUGUAUCUGGUGCCACUACCUUCCUUGCUAGAAACCAAGUAUUUGAGCCUGUUCUGUACCUUCUCUCUCUUUGCAGAACUUCGGCAUCGCAGCCAGCAAGAGGCAGUGUGCGGAAGCGGAAGACAUUUGCUCCAUCUGCCAAGCUGAAUUUCAGAAGCCUGUUCUUCUCAUCUGCCAGGUAACUCACCAGUGUUAUUCUCCUCCCGCUGUCCCAACAUUGUUCUGAACAGCCAAACAAUUCCUUAGACGCUUACCCAGAGUUCCUCAGUGCAUAUGUUCAGCAAUCAAUGGUGGACAAGGUUCUUUGAUAGGACAACCUUCCACCCACCUUCGCUGCUCUUUCCUGGAGUGAAGAAAGUCUGCAACUCAUUGCCCUCCACCAGGGAUGGGGAGUUUCAGGUCUGGAGGUCAAAUGGAACCCUCCAAAACUGUUUGACCCUUCGGACACCCCUCACCAGCCCUGCUUGGCGCUUGAGUGUUUUUGCCUUGCUGGGAUGCAUCCUUAAACUCUGAUCAUGCCUUUAGCUUGCCUGGAUCAAGGAUGGAGGGGUGUGUUUGUGUGCAAAGGUGUACUUUACAUUCGUUGCUCCACCCACUUUUGCCUCUGGCCUCAUUAUUAUUAUUAUUAAAUUUAUAUACCGCCCUUCAUCUGAAGAUCUCAGCGGUUCACAAGAUAAAAAUACAGAAUAAAAGCACAAGAGAGGGAUUGCUGCCCUUGAGCCGAGCCCUACACCAGUUAAGGGAUUUAAAAGUAUGCUGAAUGUUAUUGAGUUGCUGAGCUCCUUUGCACCCCAUUGUGCUCAAAGCAGCCUUUCUCGUUUCAGCACAUAUUUUGUGAAGAAUGCAUAGCUCUGUGGUUCAACAGAGAGAGAACGUGCCCCCUGUGCAGAACCAUCAUCUCGGACCACAUCAACAAGUGGAAAGAUGGGGCAACUUCCGCACAACUACAGGUCUAUUAAAAACCCUGUCGGACACAAGAACUACAGUUUGAAUGCUGGUCUUUACCGUUUAAGGGGGUUGGGUGGAAAGGAGGUGUUAGAAGAAAAAGGUACUCAGGGGGUUAAGUCUACAUACGUCCAUCUCUCAGCUGCUGCAGGACUUGAGUCCAUUCAGACACAAAGCAACUUGCUUGAAAGCUGCUUUUUCGUGUUGAAGUCACCCUCCAGUUGCUGGUUGUGUGUAAAACACGCCAGAGCUCUGUUCUUCAACCUUGGUUCCCCUGGUGCUGUUGCACCAGAACGCCCAUCAUCCCUGACCAUUACUGGCAGGGGCUGCUGAGAGUUGUAGUCUUGUAGUCCAAUUUCAUGAGGGGAACCAAGGCUGAAUAACAUUGGUUGAGACGUGCUCAAAACUUUUGGCAAUGCUGUAGGAGCAAUAGCCUCAAAUUCAGUUCCAUGCAGAUGUCUAAACCAGCCUGUUACCAGAGCACGAAUAGGAUCAGUAUUGCACGUGAUAUGCUAAAAAUCCAGUUUGCACAAAUCUUGAGAUUCUAUGAGAGUUACCACUUUUAUGCCACUUGGCUCCUGUAGAAGCUGCUGGUUCCUUAUCCCUCCUGCCAUUACAGCAGUAGCUACUUAUAUUCAUGCAAGAAAGUCAGGAAUGAAUUUUUUGCUUCAAUUAUGCACACAUAAUUUUUCUACUUUUGUACGCCUGGAUUUUUAAAAAGCAAAAUCUUAUACUAUAUUUUGUCAUAAACAACUACAUUUUAUUACAAAGGGGAAGAGAUCUAUUUUAGUGAUACUUAAGACAACAACCUGUGGUAUACCUAAAGAUUGGUGAGAAUAAAAGCAGUUUUAAUCUAUUGGUCUGGGAUUUCUCUUACUACCUCUUCUGCACGUAUACGUUUUCCAACAUAUCAGUAAAACGGCUUAUAAAAGUAACCAGUAAAGCUUGC